CCAGAACAUGCCGAUGCGGGCAGGCAACAAACCACUUUACGCGUCCUUCUUACUCACUUCCGGACAGCCGCGAUGACAGUGAAUUUCACCUUCUCACUCGACAUCGCCACGCCGCGGCGUUGAUUACCCAUGAAUCACUUCCACACGGUUCUAGAAGCCGCAUGGCUGGCGUUUGUUGCACCAUGACUGCCUGAAUGCCCGCUCUGGAUCGUUUCCUCCAUGUCGUCGCACGCCCUACUUGCGACCGGCCCGCCCCAAGUUUGUGCUGCAAAGCCCGAUCCCAUCUCAAUCCAAGCCACGGUCGCAUCCGCACGAGGUCGCCAUGGUUGAACAUAGGGAACUCGACGCCUUGGUGCUGUCCUACACACACUUGAAGGACCUACCACGGCAGGAUGAAGCUCUUCGGACGCUCAAGAAGAUCGCCUCCCUGGUGAAACCUAUCAUGAGGGCUAGAGGCUGGAAGGUAUCAGAGCUUAGUGAAUUCUAUCCUGACCAGCACAAUCUGCUCGGACUGAAUGUGAACCGGGGCCAGAGGAUCCUUAUACGUCUUCGCUACCCAGGCGACAGGACCCAGUUUCUCCCCAUCGAGCAAGUCACCGACACGAUGCUCCAUGAACUCUGCCACAUCGUGCACGGCCCACACGACGGCAAGUUCCACGCGCUGUGGGACCAGCUUCGAGACGAGCACGAGGGCCUGCGCAUGAAGGGCUACACUGGAGAGGGCUUCCUCGGCACGGGUCAUAAGCUCGGAGGUGGUGGCAGAGUUCCGAUGCAAGAGGCGAGGAGGCUCGCUCGUGCAGCUGCCGAGCAACGGUCACAACAAGCGAUUCGGGAGAGAGGGUCUGGUCAGAGACUGGGCGGAGCACCGAUUCAACGCGGACAAGACAUUCGAAAAGUCAUCACGGAUGCGGUGGACCGCCGAAACAGGGCAGACCGAGGAUGUGGGAGCACCAAUUUUACGGACAAGGAGAUUCAGACCCUUUCAGAGACCGCUACCAAGAAUGGUUUCAGGACCCAGGCGGAGGAGGAUGCUGCCAACGAGGCGGCCAUUUCCCAGGCAUUGUGGGAACUGGUGCAAGAGGACGAGAAGAAGAAGCACGGCGACAUGUACAUUCCGCCAAGCGCUGAAAUGCCGGGCGGAAAUGGCGGUGGUGCAUUCUACCCGUCUUCUGGUGGUGGGUCAAGCUCGAGCAUGCCGCCGCCGGUACCAGUGUGGUCGCGACCGCCCGGCACCGGAGGUGAAAAGCAUUCCGAGUCUGUCAAAGUCACCCCCGGAAUCAAGCCUAGGACGAGUGGGUGGACGUGCAGCACGUGUACUCUGCAUAAUAGCCCGAGCUAUCUCGUUUGCGAUGCCUGCGGCGCUGACAAGCCAAGCGCCGCGGAUGGUCCAGUUGCUACUCCACCUCCAACCGAGGAAUGGGCGUGCGGCACUUGCACACUGCUGAACCCACUUACACGUCCGGCCUGUGAUGCGUGUGGCACUGCAAGGUCAGCGGGCGCGAACCGCGGGCAAACAGACGACAGGUCAUCAAAGCGGCCCCGUACUACACCUGCAGCUGCGACAGCUACCAGCCGACCUGCUCGUCCCUUGAGCAGCGCUGAUUUGAGCCAUUCGAGAAUGGUGUCCUUCAGGAACAGCAGCAGUGGCGCGAGUAGCAAGCCUCCCGCCACGCCAAGCGGACCGGCAUUCUGGGAAUGCUCGCGAUGUGGAACCGUCGUCGAGCGGCGUUGGUGGAGUUGUGGGAACUGCGGCAAUGUCAAGGAGAGCUCUGCCUGACCCGAUAGUGUAUACCUGUGCUGUGCUACGCUAUCACGAACAAUGCCAAUAAUUUACACGCACCGUGGUCUGCCGCAUGGCUGCACGUGGACUUUUAGAGCUGACCGCUCUGUCGCACCCUUUGAUUCUGGGCCAACGCACGAUUCCCGCGGCCUCGGGACAUCGCAGUACUCGGUGCAUGCUGCAGCUUCGGUCCCGGUACGAGCAAGGCGUACAUAUAUGCACGUCUCGCGUGUGAG